AUGGCGUCCGCGUCGCCGGCGUCGUCCGCGGCGACGACGGUCCGCGCGACGGCGCGAUGGCGACCGACGAGACGCUCACUUUCUCUGUCAUCGACCCCUCGCGCGGCCCUCCGCGCGAGAGGUCGCGGUCGACGCGGCGGCGGCAUCGACGACGACCCCGCGAUUCGCCAUCGUCAUCGAGGGAAAAAAGGGGUGGGCGCCGCGACGGAAAACGGAGGAGAGCACGCCGGCGGCGCGAACGACGACGACGACGCGUCGCCGCUCCCGCCGCCCAACAACCUCAUCCUCAUCGGCGGCCGGGGCUGCGGCAAGAGCGCGCUGUGCCGCCGCCUCGUCGCGCUCGAGCCGCGCUUCGAGCUCUUCGUCCUGGACGACAUCGUCGUCGAGGACGCGGGGAAGUCGAUACCGAAGAUCGUCGAGGAGGACGGAUGGCGCGCGUUUCGAGACCUCGAGUUCGACGCGUGUCGAAAGACCGCGAUCGCGGCGGGGCGCGGGUGGUGCCUCAUCGACGCCGGCGGCGGCGUCGUCGUGGACUUGGACGAGCACGGGAACGAGGUGUACAGCGAGCGGAAGGUCGACGCGCUGAAACGUAACGGUCAAGGAAAGAUCGUUUACCUCAAGCGCGCGGUGUCGUACCUCACGCGCCGCAUCACCGGGGACAAGAACCGCCCGAGCCUGUCCGAGAAGUGGACCUUCGGCGAGAUCAUGAGACGCCGAGCCCCGAUGUACGAGAGAGCCGCGGACUACGUAUGCGACGGGAGCGGCGGCGCGCUGGAGAAGGACGUCAAAACGAAGAACGAGAUUAAACGGGAGGUGAUCGAGUGGUUCUACGACGUCAGCGGGAGUGGGGUCUUAAGAGCAGAGGGCGAGAGCGGCGGGGAGGAGUUAUUCGGAGGGGGGUGA